AAAAAAACUACGAGUCCGCUCAAAUGCAUUCUCUUAGAAAUAUCAAAAACGAUCGACGGUUGAAAAUAAUGAUGCAUUGAUUGAGAUAAAAUGAGUAUUCGUAUUCCCGAUGUGUGAAUGUGAUUUUAAUUUUAAUUUGACGCUGUUUUCAUUUGGAGGUUCUGAAAUGCAGCCAGCAUCGUUUGAGAGCACGGCUCCCCCCUCCCCCGCGGCCCACAGACACCAUCGCACAGAGAGGGAGAGAGGGAGGGGGAAGGAGAGAGAGGAGAGAGAGAGAGGGAGAAAGCGAUAGGCAGCACCCGUGAGAGGGAAACAAGAGUCAGCCGCGCGGAGGAGAGAGAAGAUAAAAAAAAAAGCAGUAACCAAACAGACAAAGGAAACAUGGAUUUAACGGAAAAACGUCCUUUUAAACAAGCACCUGUACAGGAGAGGAUGCUUUGGUCGUCCUGCACAUAGUAGGGGGUAACGCACGGACUCUUCCACAGUUUUUAAUGUGGCGGGAGGGGACGCACGGCAAGCUAAAAAGGCGGAAAGCUUUCUCUAAUCCGUCUGCGGAUCCUGCCUGCUUGCGAUGGCUGUGGCGGCGCGAUGCUGUUACAGCAUAACGCAGAAUGUGCCUUUUACUUUUUAUUUGGUAAUUUUUCUACUCAGUGGCCUUACAAAUGCACAAAUACGAUACACCAUUCCGGAGGAGCUGGAGAACGGGGCUGUGGUCGGCGACAUUGUUCGAGAUUUGGGGCUGGACCUGCGAAAGCUCUCCUCCCGACGCAUCCGAAUCACCUCGGACAGCGCAAGGAGAUAUUUCAACAUAAAUCAUAAAAACGGCAAGCUGUCGGUGAGUGACCGCAUCGACCGGGAGACGCUGUGUGAAUUCAGCGGCACCUGUUUCCUCAACCUAGAGGUGGUGGUUGAGAACCCGCUCGAGGUGCACAACGUGGAGGUGGAGAUUCUGGAUGCGAAUGACAACUCGCCACAGUUCCCCCGGGACGAGUACCAGUUGGAGAUCUCGGAGUCCGCCGUAACGGGGUCCCGGUUCCCCAUCGAAGGCGCGCAGGAUCCAGAUGACGGCUCAAAUUCGGUUCGGCUCUACCGGCUCAGCAACAACGACCACCUCGCGCUGGACUCCAACAAGCCCGUGGCAAACAGCAAGCACAUCGAGCUCGUGCUCAAAAAACCAUUUGACCGCGAGCAUACACCGUCUCAUCAGUUCAUACUGACAGCUGUGGACGGAGGCACCCCGGCGCGCACGGGCACAGCCAAAAUCAACGUGCAUGUCCUGGAUUCCAACGACAAUGUGCCCGCGUUCGACAACUCCGUGUACAAAGUGAAACUGUUAGAGAACUCGCCCAAGGGCGCUCUGGUGAUAAAGUUAAACGCCACAGACCCGGAUGAAGGCACAAACGGGGAGGUGUUUUACUCUUUCAGCAGUUACACCCCAGAGAGGGUGAGACAAAUGUUCUCCAUGGAUACAGAUACAGGAGAGAUCAGAGUGAAGAACAACAUAGACUAUGAGGAGACUAACUCCUAUGAGAUGUACAUACAAGCUAUGGACAGGGGCACUUCUGCAGUGGCCGUCCACUGUAAAGUGGUGGUAGAGGUUUUGGAUGUGAACGACAAUAUCCCAGAGAUCGUGCUGUCAUCUCUGUCCAGCCCAGUCCGUGAGGACGCCCGGGCGGACACAGUGGUGGCCUUGAUCAGCGUUAACGACCGGGACUCCGGCCAGAACAAACAGGUGACCCUGGAGAUCCAACCUGGCCUCCCUUUUAAGAUCAAGUCCUUCCGGAACCACUACACCUUAGUCACCUCUGCCUUCCUGGACCGGGAAACCAUCUCCACCUACAACGUCACAGUAACCGCCAUUGACGGAGGGACCCCGGCCCUCUCCUCACACAUGACCAUUAAAGUUGACGUGGCGGAUGUCAAUGACAACCCUCCUCGCUUCGAACAGACGUCCUACACGGUGUACAUGACGGAGAACAACGCGCCCGGCGCCUCAAUGUGCGUGGUGAAGGCUCUGGACGCAGACGCCGGGGAGAACGCUCGCAUCACCUACACCGUCCUCAAUGACAACAACCACGGAAUCCCCGUGGCGAGCUACGUGAGCAUCAAACCCGACACGGGUGAGGCCUAUGCCCUGAGAGCCUUCGACUUUGAGAAGCUCAGAGAGUUCCACUUCCAGGUGAAAGCCCAGGAUGGUGGCGUGCCGCCCCUCAGUCGCGUGGCAACCGUCUAUGUUUACAUCAUGGACCAGAACGACCACUCCCCAAGGAUAGUCCAUCCUCCAGCCAAUGGGACGCGGACCACCGAGACGCUGAUGAAGAACGCAGAGGCGGGGGCUCUGGUGACCAAGGUGGUGGCGUGGGACGGGGACGCGGGUCAGAACGCCUGGCUGGUAUACGCCCUGGAGCAGACCACCUCCGAGCUGGACCUGUUUAAAGUCCAUGAGCACACGGGGGAGAUCCGCACCAUGCGGCGCGUUAGCGAGGACAACUCCACCUCCUUCCUGCUCACCGUGCUCGUCCGCGACCAUGGCCUCCCGCCGCUCUCCUCCACCGCCACCAUCAAUGUGCACGUCAUGGAGCUGCCGCCAAAGCUGACCCCCGACCCCAAACGUAUCAUCAGGCCUCACAGCCCACUACUGUUCUCCAACGUGACCCUCUACCUGAUUGUUGCCCUGAGCGCCACCACCUUUGUGUUCCUGGUCACCAUUGUGGUGCUGGCCAUCGUCCGCUGCCACGCCUACUGCACCCAGCCUGGCUCCUGCUCCCCCUGCUGUGUAUCCCAGAAGAGAAUCCCUGAGGGGGGCACCUCGGCCGGCGGGGGUGGAGGAUCAUUGAGUCGAGGUGGAGGUGGAGGGGGAGGUGGAGGAGGAGGUCAGGGUCAACCCAACAAUAAUGUUGCUCUGCGGAGAGACCUGAAGGUGGAGCCUCACUACAUCGAGGUGCGGGGGAACGGCUCCAUGACCAAAACGUACUGCUAUAAGACAUGUAUGACGGCCACAUCGGGGAGCGACACCUUCAUGUUCUAUAACACGGGCCGGCCCCACAGCGGCACCUGGGGCUCCGGGGGAUACGUUACCAGUCAGAGUGGACAGAGCCAGAUGUUUGUGCGCAGGCUCAGCAUGCCAGACGCAACCGCGAUACAGCCCAAUGUGCCCAAUUCAGACUGGCGUUACUCUGCCUCACUUAGGGCUGGGAUGCAGAGCUCAGUGCACAUGGAGGAGUCGUCAGUGAUGCAGGGAGCCCAGGGGGUUCUGGUCCAGAACUGGCCGACCGUGUCUAGCGCCCCCGGAGAUGCUGAGGGUGGAGAGGUGUCCCCACCCAUGGGAGCCGGAGUGGACAGUAACAGCUGGCACUUCCGUUACGGCGCCGGUGGUCCCGGAGGACCCCCCCAGCACCUGAAGCCCGGCGAGGUCCCCCCCGAAGCCUUCAUCAUCCCCGGAUCCCCCGCUAUCAUCUCUAUCCGCCAGCAGGGAGGAGAGGACGACAAGAGUGACUUCAUCAGCUUCGGAAAGAAGGAGGAGGCCAAGAAGAAGAAAAAGAAGAAGAAGGAGAAGAAGGAUAAAAAGGAUAAAGGGAAGGAUGACGAUGAGUAGAGGAGGAGGAGGAGAAGGAAGAGAAGGGGAGCUGUUAAAACAGAGGUGCCAACCAAAGUCCACCGGGAAACAAAAAGAAAAGUAUUUUAGACCACAGGUGAAGAGAGAUCCCCAAUUCUACUUCAUCAUCUCUGGCUCAGUUACACAGACAGGCAGACAGUCACACUGCCGUAGUCUGCUCUAUACCCACCCCUGGAACAAAGAUAAUAGCCCAACUCUCUCUGGUACAAAUCUGGCCUGACCAAGAUUAUUGUAGAUUACUGACGCCUCCAAAUCCCUUACUGGGGUAAUUGAUCAAUCAUGCCUUGAUGAGAAAAAACUGAUUGAUCAAAUAAAAUACAAUUGUAUUGGUCACAUAAACAAGAAAUGUUCCUCCAUGCCCCCUGGUGCCUCUACACCUUGAGCCAAACGAUACCCUCCCCACUCUUCUCAGCGAGGGGACGGGAGCUACUAUCUCCCCUCGCCCUCUGCUUUUCACCCUCCCACCCACGGAUACGUUGGCACCUCUGUCUUACCCCUUCCCACCAUGUUGUAUAAUUCAAUCUCUUUGAGAGGAAAAUAACAUCCGACAACAAGAAGAAAAAAGCUCUGUGCCAGCCUUGGAAAAAGAGCAAAAAAAGGUAAUGUCAAGAAGAAAAAAAGAAAGUAAACUGAAGACAACACACAGAAGAAGAGUUAAAUGUUGCUGAUUUAGAGCUGAACACUCACACUUGUAAAUAGCACGGGAGAGAGUCGCUAAAGCUGAGGCUAAAGGCUAACAUGAUACUGCUGCUGCAGCUUCCUAUUUCGCUCUCUAUCUGUCAGUGUUCCCUGUGAUGGCAAGGAAAACAUGGCUGUCAAUGUCACACACAUACACGCUGACACACACACUCGCAGUAACAACCUGGACACUGAGAACACCUGAGAACUGGAGAGAGGUAAAAAAAAAAAAAAACAGGAGCAGCCAACAAAACAACUUUGUGUUUAAUACAGAACACAAGCUG